AUGGCUGGGACAGUAGACAGCGAAAGGCGUCGUGUCUAUCGCCAAGAUGAGAAAAGGGACGAGUCAUUAAACCGCGAUGAACACUCUCCUUCUCAUUCCUAUCGAUAUGCAUCGAGUAGAAACCGCAGUCGGUCUCGCUGUGGCGAUUCUCCAGAUGGUCGUUCGCUUCCAUUACGCUCCCGCGAUUCUGACGGUGAUGUAUUAAAAGUGCAUUCUCACCGCAGGAGUCCAGACACUCUGGUUAGAUGUGAUUCGUUAGAGGCUUCUGGCUCUGAUAACAUAGGCACUACGGACCGAAAUAGCAGGCCAAGUGUGCCAGGCAGCGACGGCUCCCGUACAAGCCUCCCUUACAUAUAUCAGCAAGCGGAGUUCAUACGUAUAUGUACAGAUUUGAUUCGUAAGUGUGACUGCGAGUCUGAGUUACGAUUGUUUCUAUCUACUUUGGAUACAGGGGGUUCCGUGGACGUGUCACAAUACGCCGAUGCGCAAGUACGUAAGAAGUUUCGGCACCUUGGCCGUGCUUUGUAUCUGUGUCGCGAGAACACGCGUUUAAGUAAGCCUGCUGAGUGCAAUAUUUCUCUAUUAGAGGCUUUCGAUGAGAAAUUGCCAUAUAUCCGGAGGAAGGUUGAGUCCCAGGGCCCCUAUACCCGCACGUGUCGUGGCGCCGAAGGCACGGAUUCGUCGUUAGACGCCGGUGCUACAGUGUCACAUCGGUUGGGAGAAGAGGACAGUGCUGAUACGCUAGUGAGUCUGCGUGAGAUGCAUGAGCAGGGUUUUUUUGUUGGUUACGAGGACGUGCAUAAGAGUUUCAUGUCUCGUCACACUUCUCACGACCUUUGGGGGAAAACUCCGCAGCAGCAGUUGGCAAUGCUGCGUUCUUCUGACUCUGGUCCCUCCUCCGGUGAUAAGGGUGCAGAUCAGCCGUGGAAGGUGUUUGACCGGGGAGAGCUGGAAUCUGGUUCUAGGAUCGACCGUAAUGGUUAUGAUUGUCUUUUACAAAAUGUGAAGGAGUCUUCUGCUUCAUUUGGCCCAGGUCAAUCCCACUCGUCGUUCAUUUGA